UCAAUCACUACCCAACCUGUGCUGGUUCAUGGCCACUUGAAUUUCUCUCCAAAAUAACACCACAAAUUAAGCAAAAUCCCUUGUGAUAGAAGCCUCUCUUUAUCUUCAAGUCUCUCCAUAGCUAAUCAAUAUGGCUGACCGGGAAGCCAAAACUAAUGCCAUUUCCGGCCAACCCCAGAAAAUUACCAUGGAUUUUGAUCCUCCAAAGAAACCCAAAAUUAACAAAUAUGCUUUUACUUGUGCUCUCUUGGCCACCAUGACUUCUGUCUUACUUGGUUAUGAUAUUGGUGUAAUGAGUGGAGCUUUAAUUUACAUCAAAGACGACCUCAAAAUCUCAGACAUACAGGUUGAAAUCCUCGCCGGAAUUAUCAACCUUUACUCACUAAUAGGGUCAUGGGCCGCCGGCAGAACCUCCGACUGGAUAGGCCGGAGAUACACCAUACUAGUGGCCCAAGCCAUUUUCUUUGCUGGGGCUAUUCUCAUGGGAUUUUCCACCAACUAUGCAUUUCUCAUGGUUGGUCGCUUUGUCGCAGGCAUCGGCGUGGGCUAUGCAUGCAUGAUUGCCCCUGUCUACACAGCUGAGAUCUCUCCGGCUUCCACUCGUGGCUUCCUCACCUCCUUCUUUGAGGUCUUUGUCAAUGUUGGCAUAUUGUUGGGGUACGUGUCAAACUACGUAUGCUCAAAGCUACCAACACACUUGGGAUGGCGUGUCAUGCUCGGAGUGGGUGCAGUCCCGGCUGUGAUACUCGCCUCCGUCGUUAUAUGGAUGCCCGAGUCACCUCGCUGGCUAGUCAUGCAGGGUCGACUCGGUGACGCGAAGCGAGUUUUGGACAAAACCUCGGACUCAGUAGAAGAAGCCCAAAUCAGAUUAGCGGAUAUUAAGGAAGCAGCUGGGAUUCCCGAGAAUCUCACAGACGACAUCGUUCAAGUCCCAAAACACAGUCACGGUGAAGGUGUGUGGAAAGAACUGAUCGUCCAUCCUACACCGUCCGUUCGUCACAUUUUAAUCGCAUGCGUUGGAAUCCACUUCUUCCAACAGUGUUCGGGGAUUGAUUCAGUGGUUCUGUACAGUCCUAGGAUCUUCGAAAAAGCUGGAAUCACUUCCUCAAACGACAAGCUACUCGCUACCGUAGCCGUUGGAUUUACUAAAACCAUGUUCAUCUUGGUAGCCACUUUUUUGUUUGAUAAGAUCGGACGGCGGCCGUUGAUUUUGAGCAGUGUAGCUGGGAUGAUAUUCUCACUCGCCUCCUUGGGAUUUGGGCUCACGGUGAUUGAUCAUUCUGAUCGUAAAAUCACAUGGGCUGUGGGGUUGAGCGUAGCUAUGUUAUUGGCUUUUGUGGCAUUUUUUUCAAUUGGGAUGGGACCCAGUCCAGUGGUUUAUAGCUCUGAGAUUUUCCCGUUGAGGCUACGCGCUCAGGGAACGAGUAUAGGAAUGGCAGCGAAUAGGCUGACAAGUGGGGUCAUAUCUAUGACUUUUAUCUCACUGUAUAAAGGGAUUACAAUUGGUGGGGCCUUCUUUUUAUAUGCUGGAGUUGCCUUGGUGUCAUGGGUGUUCUUUUAUUACGUGCUACCUGAAACACGGGGUAGAACCCUUGAAGAUAUGGAGGGGCUUUUUGGUAAUUUCAAGUGGAAUUUUCCUAAGAAUAGGAAUAAUAAUAAGGAAGUUAGUAAUGGUAAUGGACUUAAUGGUCAAGUUCAAUUGGGGAAUAAGUAAGUUUAGGGGUUUGGGUAAAAAAGGGUAUUAUUGGUAGAUAUGUUUUUAGCUUUCUUUCAUAACAAUGAUGUGAGAUGCAUGAAAUAUAAAUAAAUAAAUAAAACUGAUGUUAUGAAA